AUGCCACAUUCUCAGGACAGUUCUAUCACCUACGAACAACUUGAUUCACUCAGAUUCGAAUCCAUACAAGCAGAGCUGGCCAAUUGGGAAAACAUCGUGUUUCAAGGUGACAUGGAUGACUCGCGUAAACAGAGGGAAGCAUCUUCCAACAGUGGCGAUCAUACAUCAAAUCCAGUCAACAAUUCCGCCGACAAUACAGGGACAGGACAACACUUUCGCGGUGCUGUACCGCCUCAUGUUCCUCCUGAGGCAUACAACUACCUUAUACAUGCAUUACUUUCAAUGCAAGGAGCUGUACCACCCCCACCACAAACAGCACAUAACCAAUCGUUACCAUACCCUCAAGGACAAUUCCCGGCAGGUCCUUCUACAUCCUCAAAUUUUUCCGAUGUGCCAUACCAAGCCAUGCACCACAAUCUACCCCUUGCGAUGUCGUCUACAGGAUCUCUUUCACACUUUCCCCCCACUAUGAUGACCCCACAUUCAGGUUUCCACAGUACAAUUAAUGAGACUCCAGCGAUUGCAUCAUCGGCUUCUCCAGAUGCAAGUGAUAAUGCAGACGAAGCUUCUGCCAUUGCUGAAGAUAAGCGCAGACGAAAUACUUCAGCUUCAGCCAGAUUUCGGAUCAAAAAGAAGCAGAAGACGCUCAACCUUGAGCGAAGUGUUACCGACCUGACCGGCAGGACGGAGGAGUUGGAGCGAGAGGCAUCGGAGCUGCGACGAGAGAAUAGCUGGUUGAAGGAAAUUGUGCUAUUAAAAAGCAGAAGGAGGGGCGCUUCUGGUGGCUCACAAUCCAGGAAUUCACAACAAGCCAGUACUUCGUCCGCACAGGGCGGCGGUCAUGACGGUGAUCCUAGCAGCGACGAGGAAGAAGGUCACGAGACACGCGAAGGGAAAUAAAACAACGCGUGGUGGAGGUUGAGCCGUUUACGCUAUGUCAUGUAUGUGUGAGAGACUUAUAUUCAAGAUCAUAGAUGUCAUGGAGAUGCUUUUUUUCUGGGUGUGUUUGGCAGCCCCAUCUCUGAUAAGUUCAGCGCAGCAGCCAGAACUUUGUAGCAACCAGGACUUUGUAGCCGCACGUUCGCACAUUUGUAUGUACCUUGUAAUGCCAAGAUCUUAACUACAGUUAAA